AUGGGACAGGACAUGGGCUUUGAGCCAAAACUGGAGGGGCUGCAUGUGAAGCAGGCCCGAAGGAAUCACAGAGGGAGCAUCCUCUGGAAAGCCCCAAGGGGACGUGAAGUCCCCAGUUUGAAUGACGUUUCCUUAGGCAGGAAGUGGCGCAUGACCUGCGAUGACUUCUGUGCUGAAGUGAAUCUCUUUGCAAAUCUGCCAGGCAGAUGCGGGCAGAUGCGGGUAGAGUAUUUGGUCCCAUUCCUCUUGAACCAAAGUGGAUCAUUAGUGUUCUACUUCACUCUUGCUUCUACAGAUCUGUCUCUGGCUGUUCCCAUGGUGAACUCCCUCACAUUUCUGUUCACGUUAUUAAUGGGUAAAUUGCUUGGAGAAGAGUUUGGAGGAAAGAGAGCUGUGCUGGGUAUGUUACUCAUCAUGUCUGGAGUGACUGUGUGCGUGCUGAGUUCUGUCUCUGAGACGGACAGCACAGGAGCUCACAACACAAGUGACCACUACAUUCCACUGGACUAGGAGGUGAAGGAGGACUGUGGAUCUGCUCCAGCCAUGUGAUCACACCUCACACACACACAAACAUUCAUCUGGCACAAUAUCUGUGCUGCUCCAUUUUCAGUAUGUGCUGUGAAUUUGUGCUUAGAGGUGGUGAUGGAUGACUUUAUAUCUGUACUUGAACCAUGCUGGUGAAAUCCAAAUGUUUUGCACUUUAAUUGCUACUGUGGAAAGAGUAACUUUUAAGUAUGUGGAUUGUGGAACAUACAAAAUACUUGUGUAUAUAUUGUAUUAUUAACUGAUAUUUAUAUGGAUUCGUAUUAAUAAUGUGAAAGUGUCCAGUGUUUAAAUACUUUUAUUGUAAAUGUCUUUUACAUUCAGAGGUAUUAUUUUGUUAAACAUAAGAAAUAAAAAAA